AUGCGUUCCAAAGCUGGUCUUCUUGAUGAAGGUGUUGCUGGGAUUUGGACCAUAGCCUGGGAUCUUGGAGGAGAGAGUAUUGGUUCUCUUAACGGUUUUGGAGAAGAUGCAACAAAUUCCGAAGCUGUUGAGUUGAGGUCACAAGUUUCAGGGUUGCAAAGCCAAGUCCAGAACUUGUCUGGGAUUAUUCAACAAUUAGUUGGUGCCUCUACUACUCAGACAACUGGAUCGACAACUGGAUCGACGCCAAAUUUAGCUGCUCUGUUAGCAAACUUGGCCAAUCAGCCAAAUUUUACUACUAUUUUAUCGAGCUUGGCCAAUCCACCAAAUUCUCAGGCAAUGGAAGAAGGACAUGAAAAUCGGAACGUGGGCAACUCCGGUACUUAGGAUUACAAGAUCUUGUUAUAUUAAGUUCAUUAGCUAUAUUUCUUUGUGGAUUAUGUGUUUGCUUUCUUUAAACAGUGAUAUCUACAUUUUGUUACAUUCAACUAGGUUUUAUAUUUGAUGCAUUUUUAUUUUAUCACG